AUGGACCACACUCCAUGCAGAUUGUCAUGUAUAAAACUCUAUCUGUGCUCCAACCCAGAAGGUAUGUAGAAAGUUUAUUCUACUGCAGUAUAAGCUGAGUUUGAAAAAUGAAGUCUGCUCAAUGGUCUUGUAUUUUGCUAUUUGUAAAUAGUUGGGUAUUUGUUGUGUAUCUGUGAUUUAUUUUACAGAUAGUGUGGUGGAGCGCAGAGCUCUGAGAGAGAAUGUGUUUCCCAAACUUGGAGAGCACUGCAGACACACACUGGGUCUGGAUCUCAGGGUGAGUAGGAACAUAUCUUUUCAAGAUCCUGCAUAAUUGUUUAACAUAAGACGUUAUGAUUGUAUGCAUAAACUGCACGUACUCUGUAAAUAUAUGUGUAAAUAUGCUAGUUCUAUUUGUAUAAAACUAGACUUAAUAUCUAUGAAUAUGUCUGUUUAUGAUUAUUUGUCUCCUUUUUGUGCUUUUACUCUUCCCACCUUUAUCUUGUGCAAAAAUGUUAUUUUUCUCAUGAAGUAAACCUUCAAAUUAAAACUUAAUGUUUGUGCCAAUCCAACCUUUAACAUUAUUUUGCACUAAUAUAUCCACUUUUUCAAUAAAGUGUAAUAUACAGUGUUUGCAGGAGCUAUCACAGGUGAUUUAAAGAUGGCAUAUGAAACCAUCAUUCAAAAACAGAUUAAAAAAAUCCAUCCAUAUGAUGGAAUAGGACUGUUUUUGAUUGAAGAAUGAUUAUUAACUGUUUCUCAGUAAUGCAUACCUAUUCAAGCAUUAUUUGGUAAGCUGCACAUGGUCAGCAGUCAAAACCAAAAGUAGUAUUAACUGGUAGUGCCCACAUAGGUAAGUAGUGAGUAACAGGGGUGGGUGGGUUGGUGUGGGUGUGGCUCCUAGUCCCUACUUUCCCCCUGAGGCUGUUCUUUUUAACAUGCUUCUAAUUCAACUCAUCUUUGCUUAAUUAAAUUUGACCAUAAAGAGGAUGAGCAGCUGUAAUGUGACGCUGCAGAGUGCCGCUGUGUUUGUUCUGGCACCAGCACAUUGUGCCGUCACCUCGUUUUAGCAGCGUGUGUGAUCGAAAGGAAGACAGAUUAUCACAUUUCACUGAGCCACCAGCAGGCUAAUUGUUAUUUCACCUUGCUUUGUGCCUUUUGAUGGACCAAUUAUCAACUAUCUCUUAACUACAUUGUUUUAUCUGUUAAGCUUUGAGCAUAUGUGUGUGUGUGUGUGUGUCUUUGUGUCUGUAGGUGAUAGACCCAUUCGAGUCCAGUGAUCCCAGUUGUUGGCCAAAUAGAAACAUCAGACAGCAGCUGAUUAAAGAGUGCAGAGAGAGCUCGGCAGGACCUUUUCUACUGGUGAAUAAAUCAGCAAUAUUUGUUCAGCCAUAAGCGCACAGUAGCACAGUGUUGUGCAUUUUCCCACUGUUUGAUGAUAUUCAAUUAAAUCAUCGUUUGAUGUGUGGCAGGAACUAAAGAUUACACACUGAAAAUGUCACUAAAAUUAAUCUUGAGGUUUCUUGGAGAAGCCUUUUGGGUUCUUGGUUCUGUCUCGGGAUUGGAUGAUUGGACAAUUCAGUGUCACUGUAGCUCUAUAGGUCCAAAUUCAAUCACUGAUCUACAACCAAGCCAGUAAUAGUGAAGUAAAUGUUAUCAUAUGUGUCUGGUACAGUCUACAUUUAAAAAAAAACUAGCUGUCACAGGAUUUGGUGGCAGUAGUAAUUUUUCCAUUUUAUCAAAAAUGUGCUUUUUAAAUUGCACUCAACUGUGAACCAUAUUUAGAAAAAAAAGCAAGAGGGAAAGAACACACACUAAUUCCUAAAAUCUGAUCAUCUUAAAAAGUGUAGGGCCAUUUUUAGUGCAGUGUUAUCUGAGUUGCUACUGUUCUUUCUGUGGCCACACGGCGGCGCUGCAGGCUCUCGUGGGACACCAGUAUGGCACAGCCAGUCUGCCCACUCUGUUGGAGGUGUCAGAGUACCAGCUGCUGCUGCAGGAGAGCCAGCAGGCGGGUGUCAGCACCCAGGACCUGGAGAGGGAGUACCAGAGGGAUGAGAACAGCAUCCCUCCCUCCUACUGUCUGAGAGCUGCUCAUACACACACCUGUAGCCCUCAGGUGAGAUCACCUGAAACCUUAAAAAACACAUUAUUGAUGGCUUAUUUUACUGUCUGCAUUCAGGAGACCUGUGAAGAAACAGUAGAUUUGUAAGUUCAUCACUAUUCUUAAGAUCAAUAAUAUAGAUUUAAAAAAAUAAUAAUAAGUUACCACAGUAAUCCUGCCUUCGUUAAUUUAGCAGGAGGAGUUAAAAGAUGAGGACAUUGAUGCAGAAUCCAAAGAAGAAGGGCUGAUGAAGGUGUUCCAAACCACUGCGAGUCUGUGUGUUAACAAAGGUCUCAUGACUCUGCAGAGAGCCCAGACAUUCUAUAGAUCAGGUGAGAUACACACCUGCCUGUUCGCUCUUUUGCUUGAUGCUGAAUUUAUGUUGAAUACCAUUUUUCUUCUGCUCUCCAGCCCUUGAUGAAGAUCUGCGAUUUGCUCUGGAGGACUGUCCUGAUAAUGUCUUCAUCAAACGCUGCCUGGUUUACAUCCACAAGGUCAUCAACGCUCAAGGUCAGAGGCUGAGAAGGUCAAAAAAUCUGCAGUUUGGGGUGAGAGUUUUACGGUGCUAUUUCACGAGUAUACAUUUAUGUGGAAUUACAUUAUCACAUUUCAUAUAACCCAAACAUAUUGACAUCCUGUUUAUACAUAAGAAAAGCCAAUUAGGUGUGGGGUAGAAAUUAUAGUUGCUUUUAUUGUACAACAAAGUGAUCCAAAGUUUUUUUAAAGAGGCAAAAAGUGUAAAAAAAAAAAAAAACGUAUUUUCCCAUUAUCUCUUAUUUUCAGGCUGCUAUGAUGGAUGUCGAGACAGUCCCCUCUGAUGGAAAAUUGUUAUCAGAGCUUUGUGACAACUUCCUCCCCGGUCAUAUCACUUCCUCCGAACUUUUGGUCUGUACCACAGAGUGUGAUCGCCGCCACGGUUACACGACAGCCAGGAGGCGGUGCUAUGCCGAGUCUCUGUCCCAGCAAGUGCACUCUGACCUUUUGGGUUUGAUUGACAGCUUGAACAUUCAAACUGAGGACAAUUCCCAGCUGGGCGAUGCAGCGGCCAGAGAGCAGGCUGAGCAGGAAGAGCUGUGUGACAUCAUGUCACAAUUAUAUGACAUAAAUCGACCGGAGGAGGAAAAGGUCAGGACUGCAGUGAUUUCCAUUUUUAAUAGUUUGUUUUUUAACCAGUCUAUUUUCCUGUAUUAGGACUCUAUGAUAAGACUUUAAACCAGUAAUACAUCUCCUGAGUUACCUGUUUAUUUGUUUCAGGUCAGAGUCUAUGUGCAGCAGAGUAAAGCACUAUACCCACUAAUGGUGACAGGAGGACCGUGCACAGGGAAGACAGUUCUGCUGGCCCACUGUGCUCAAAGGGUGAGCAGACAGACAGGGAAUGCGAAACUGACCUUGUCUAUUUUUUUUUACAUACCUAUACCUACAAUUUAUCAUCUUUCUUUAUUUCAUAAUUCCUAAUAUACAACUCUCAUAAUCCAUUGGUUGAAGAAUUUUUAACAUUUUUUGUACCUGAAGCAGGAUUGAGGGUCAUAGAUAACUGUAAUAGAAAUAUUCAGUCUCCUCUGUAAUGGUCUGAUUCGCUUUUGUAGGACACGGUAAAGGCCUUUUUUUUUCUAGUCUGUUUAUAACCAGUUUAAAGUACAGUGUGGAAAACUUAGCAGCAUUAAUCAGCGCAGACCAUAGAAAUUAAAUAGAAUAUCUGUAAGUAUGUUCAAAUUAGUGUAAUAUCCCUUUAAUAUGAAAAUUGUUUUGUUUUUGUUAACUUAAAAUGAGCCCAGUACAUCUACAUGAAGUGGGUUAGUUUAUGAAAAGGAAAAGGGUUUAAAUCAUAAAGCAAUUUGCUUUUUAAUACAGUUCUACAGGAAUCUACAAAAUGUUGAUUUAACAUCAUAAGUACAAGAAUUUUUUUCCCUCUCUGCAGAUUCAAUCCUGGUUACCAGAUUGUGACCCUGUGGUAAUCACUCACUUCUGCAACCUGACAGCCAACCUCUCUUCAAAGCACCGGAUGUCAAGCCUGUGCCACCAGAUUGUUGCCAAAUAUAAACGCAGAUCUUCCUCAAAGCUGAAUUUAGGCAACCCAGAAAAUCCAAACUGUGACCAAAACUCCAACUUCCUGAAAUGUGAUUUGAAUCCUCGUCGUAAACCCACCACGCAAGAGCAUUAUCCUGACCAAGAACUUAGCACCACAUCAUGUCCAAGUCUGUAUGGUAUCAGUAAAGCUGAUUUUUGUCGGUCUGAGCUUAAAGAUCAUCUCUCAUCCCUGCUCUCCCUCAUGCCUUCAGCCAAACAGCCUCUUAUUCUAAUACUUGUUGGUCUUGAUCGUAUUGAUGACAACUUUGGACUUGAAUUCAUUGAAAGCCUCCCCUCGCCGCUUCCCCCCAAUGUCAAAGUCAUCCUCUCAGUCUCCUCGAACAAGACACAAAUCCUGCAAGCACUCACUCAACAAAGAGGACCAUCUUCAUGUAAGUCAGAGCACGGUGAAGAGAACUUAAGAUAUGAGUGUGUGCAGUUGGGACCAGCAGACAGGAAACAGUGUUCGAAGAUGUUGGCAUCACUGCUGAGAAGUUCAAGGAGGAGGGUGACGUCGGGACAACAGGCGCUGGUGAAUCAGGCACUGUCUUCUUGUGGUCUGACUCUCUACGCUCGUCUUCUGCAGCAGCACACCUCUCUAUGGCGUUCUGGUAAGAUAAAUACAGCCAACACACAGGAUGCAAAAAAGUCUGUUUCUGCGCUUUGCUUUAACCCACUUCACAGCACAGUUUAUCAACAUUAAAGGGAUAUUCCAGGGUAAAAUUAAUUUAGGGUCAAACACAGUACACUGUAACACAGAGUUAGACACCCCAUCGAGAGAUGAAUGUUGCCGACCGCUUGCUUCUCUAGUUAUACCAACUUUAGUAAAGACCGCAUGAUAGCAAUACACAGCGGUCUGAGGAGCCAUAAACAAACAUCAACCAAAACGCCACUCUAUAGUCACAAAUAAUGCUCAGAACAGCACCUAACUUCAUCAACAGUACAUGUAGGGUCCCAGCCACAGCACUAGCCAUCAAACAUCUUUUUUAUUUUGCCUAAUUUCUUUAGCAAAGAGAACUAAACACAACUCACCUACUCUCUUCCAGCAGCCGCUUGUUUGUAGCGAGACCUCGGACCAGUCCAUUACAACUGCAGCGGGGUGACACAGCUCAAGGAAGAACAUUUAUGAUCAUUACUUUAUCAUUUCCUUGAAGUAAUAAUCACCAUAUUAAUCAUUUUGCACUGCAGACACAGUAGUUCUUCUGCUUUAGUGUCUCGGUCUGAUUGCAUUUCCAUAAAGAAAUGUUUGGUGGCUAGUACUAUGGCUGGGACCCAAUAUGUACUGUUGAUGAAGUUAGGUGCUGUUCGGAGCAUUAUUUGUGGCUAUAGAGUGGCUUUUUGGUUGAGGUUUGUGUAUGGUUCCAUAGACCAUAGAUUUUAUGCUGGAUUAUCCCUUUAAUAUGACAUGUGCUUCUUUUUCCAGAUUCAGAUGUGUCUGAGUCGUCUCUCCCUGAUGGUGUCCAUUCAUCCAUUUCUGCAUGGCUGGAUCAUCUUGAGCAUCAACAUGGCCGCUCUUUUGUGACCCGUGCUAUCUCCUACCUCACCCUCUCCAGGCCUGGACUCACUGAGACGGAGCUUGCUGAUCUGCUGUCCUGUGAUGACGUGGUGCAGUGCGGCUGUGUUCAACAACAAUCAGACACUUCCCCAGUCAAAGUUCAACAGAUGCAUGUGGAGAAACUCCUCAUGGAUUUGAGGGAGUUUCUUGUUAGAAGGACUGUUGGUGGGUUGAAGGUCUUGUUCUGGGUGAGCAGACAUUUCAAGCUAGUAGCUGCUAGGAAGUAUUUCAGUACCCCUGAGCUGAAGAAGGAAAUUCACUCAGUAAUGGCUGACUAUUUCAGUGGACAGAAGCUUAAAUCUGAAACCAACUAUGAGACCACUCAAAAGAAAACAUCUGACAAGCAACCAGCCAGCCAGCCAUUCAUUUUUGCCCUUGGCAGAGUAAACUUGAGGAAAGUCUUGGAAUUGCCACACCACUUGCAAGAAAGUAACAAAUGGGAAGAGUUAGAGCGUGAGCUGCUAUUGUCUUUAGGGUUUCACCAGGCUAUGGUCAAAGCAGGGCAACUGAGAGACCUGGUCGUCAUGCUGGAAAGUGAAGAAGGGUCUUCCCACUCCUGUUUUUUAAAGGAGAGAGCAAUCCUAGCAAGCAUACUAAGGUCUCACGCUUGCUUGCUUCAGAGCUCACCCCUGCAGCUGCCAACAUUCAUGGAGAUAAGCCUUGUUCCCUAUCUUGAGGGUUUUCCUGCACUUGAGCGCUUUGUCAGCGAGAUCAGAGAGGACAGGAAAGAAAGAGGAAGUGGAUUAGGAGUCGAGCUUUGCCCUGCUCCUUCCUCAGUUCCCUCUGUUCAGUGUUCAAAGCAGGGUGCCAAAACCAAAGGUGUUUGUGCAACAGGAACAGCUGGGACAGAGUGUGGGGUUGUGGUGGAAGUCAUGAGUGAUGGCACGGCUUGGGUUUGGAAAGGCUCUGGGUGUGAUGUAGUCAAACUUGAACUGAAGUCUGAGCAGGAGGAGCUGCAGUUUGCGAGCGUUAAGAGUAGCAGUCAUUUUGUUCUGCUUUCCACACUGUGCAACAAGCUUUUCUUGUGGGACAUCGCAGGCCCGCGAAUAUUCCUACAAGUCAAGGACCCUUUCAAAACAGAGUCAAGUCAACAAAAACUUGAAGGGAUUGUCUCAAGUCAGAAAAAAAUGUUCAUGUGGUGGGAAGGGGAGACUUUUGUAAGUGUAUUCGAUGUCUCCACAGGCACCUUGACACAUUUCCAGUGUCAGAGCAGUGUGACCUGUUUGGUUUGCUCCUCUGAUGGGGUUUACAUGUGCUGUGGGCAGGAGGAAGGCAAAGUGUCCAUAUUUGACACGGACAACAGCAGUCUUCUCGGCACAUGUUCAAACUCAAACAACUACGCAGUCACCUCAGUAAUAUUCUGUGAGGAUAAGUUUGAAAUGGCAUCUGUAGACAAGAUGGGUAAUGUUACUGUGUGGGAGCUAGUUGCUGAAUCUGAACCACCACGACUUGUAAGAGAGAUCUUUAUUGAGGGAGGGUCUAGCAACAUCCUCAAUGUGGAUUACACAAACAAACACAGCACUUUGUUGGUAUGUCACUCUCACCAGGUUACACUGUGGGACACAUGUGACUGGGAGCUGUGGGACAAGUUCUUGGCUCCACAGGGAAAGGCCUUCACUCAAGCGUUGCUCUCCCAGGACAGCCAUCUUUUCUUGGCUUUGUUAGAUGACUGCCCUUUUGUCUUGGUGUGGAGGGUGAGCACGGGAGAGUGUGUUCUCUCUUUGGAAACAAACAAGAGGCCUCAUUUACUCCUCAAGACCGCAGCUGAUGUAGUUUGUGUUGCUGAUGAUGGUUGCCUCACAGUGUGGGAUUCAGAGAUGAUAGAGGCUGCAGGUACAGCUCCCAAAAUGGGUGGUAAAGUUGUAGAAGUUGCAGCUGGAGGAACAGGGGAGUGGUUCUACACCACUGAUGGGUCUGAGAUGGUGUGGAGAUGGAGAUUAAAAACAGGACUUCCGCAUGCCUAUUUCCAUCAUGAUGGUCCCGUUGAAAAGCUGCGCCUCUCUCCAGAUUGCAUCCACCUUGUGGCGCUCUCAGGAGGUGAAAUCUACAUUUGGCAGACAGAAACAGGACAGAAUAUCCUGCGUAUCAUUGGCAGCAGGGCAACAGACAUCCUGAUCACACCAAAUGGUCACUUGGGUGUGAGUAUCUCUGACAGAUAUUUGUCUCGAGUUUGGAAGCUGGUUCAUGGGAGCAUUGUGUGCAGUAUAAACGUGUACCUCUCUGACGCCCAGGUGUCACCUGAAAACACUUUCCUUAUUGGCCUACGCCAUGGUGACUUGUUAGCAGCCAGUUUGUGGACUGGCUCCAUCAGCAAGCGUUUCUCCUGUGUGAUGAGUUCAGAGCCUGUUGUUGCCUUCUCAACACUUUCAGGGCAUCCAGACUUUGUGGUAGUGAUGGCCACCUCAGGAACUGUAUACACGUGGAAAGUGGCAGAGGAGACUGUGUGCAGCCACUUUCAGCUGCCUCAUACAUUACACUGUCAGCCACAAGACUUCCAAAUGUCCUCUGAUGGGAGUUACGCCCUGCUGUCCACUGAAAAUGAAACCCUAAACCUUUUAGACCUAUCUCAAGUCGUACUGUGCACAAUCAAGGCUGAGGGUCAGGUCGUCAAAGCUCAGUUGGACAAAACUGGGGGCUUUCUUGCGUACAUUUCCAGUGUCAGGAGCCAGGAGAAAGGCUGUGACUGUUGUCUGACUGCAAGGUCUGUCCUCACUGUGGUACGUCUUUCAGAUGGCGAACGAAUAGGAAGUGUGUUCCUUUGCAAGAAUCCAUCAACCUUGUUUGUGUGUAAGCGCCAACUUGUGUUAGUGGGCUUUGAAGAUGGGUCUGUGGGUGUUUACUCUGUUUAUGAUAUGAUGAGUGGAGAGGGGUCGGUCAGGUGCAGAGAAGUGAAAGGUCAGGUGAAACAGUGUCCCUUUGACAGAGCACCUUUCAAUUGGUUACCUUUAGACACCCCUAGUUUAAAAUGGCCCUAGGAGGUUUGUUUAUUGUUUUUCGAUGGUCUUUCCUUCAAAUGCAUGAAUGUAAAUGUGACGGAGCGGCCCGGUCACUGAGUGCACACACACGCAAGGUGAUCACACACACAUGCUACACGCUACAUGCGACACGCUACAAACCAUACACCAAACUUUCCCUUCUAGUCCCCCACAGUGGUCACAAGUAUCAAACUUAUUCACAUCUCCACAAGUUAAGUAGUUCGAAAGAGGGUGCACACUCGUCGUUCUACACACACCACAAAACGCCGAGCUCUCCUCCCCACUGCCCUUGGUCAGCCACAGUGUAAGCCAAACAGGGGUGCAUCUUCUUUCCAGUUUUAAAGGGCACUUGGCGGGAAAAAGGGGAAACUGACCUACUUAUGUUUUUUUUUCAGUAAAGGAGGCUGACUUAACACAUAAAAGUGGGGGGAAAUGUAAAAGAGGUAUUUUGCAAUCCCACUGGGAAGGGCUUAUUGUUUAAAAGACAGCCAUUUUGUCCAUGUGAGUGUGGAGAAUCGAUACAUGGCAGAUGCUGGAGAAUUGUUGGAUAGACUGUUUCUUUUUGGUUUUUGUGUUUUGCUUUUGGCUCAAGCUGUGACAGCAAGUUGUUGAAGAACCUGUUUGUCAGUGUGAGCCCAUUGUUCAGGAGGUGAUUGUAUAUUUUUGUAAAUAGUUUUUGGACACUGUACAUAUUUUUUCACUGUGUUUGGAGACUUGAGGAAUUAAAAAAAGAAAAACUAAAACGUACCUUUCUGAUUACGCCAUACUGAUUUUCCCUGGGAGAACCCACAACAGUAAAUAUUAAUGUGAUUGCACACAAAUAGAGAAAUGUGUUGUGUAUCUACUAUAUAUGUGUGUAUAUAUUCAACAUCAAUAAAAAUAUUACACUUUAAUGUUUACUCUAUUUCUCCAUGUGAUAAGUUGCUUCCAAACAGACAGAUGCAACACCUAAAAACUGAGACUCCAAGUUUAAGUGUCAACAUGUUCUUGAUGGUAAGGUAACGCUUGACUACACACAAAAAAAUGUACCCAAUGCUCGUAUGAGUUUCAUAUCAGCAAAAACAAAACCAAUAGACCAACAAUUCAUAUUAUUGACACGUUUCAUUCAUAAAAAGUGCACAAAUUCUCUGUCAUACAUCAAAAGUAACAUGCGGGUCACAGAAAUUAAAAAAAGAAAAAUCGACUCAAAAUUUUAAGCUUUCAUUUUCUAAAAUGUCUGCUUUCGUUUGAGGAGUAAUUUCCUGUUCGUGUACACUCGGAAAUUAGUGUUCUCUGUACUUAUAUUUUAUUAGUAGCAUUUUUUCACGCCUCUAAUAAAAAAGACAACUUCAUCCAAAAAGAUAUUCCGAGAAUUAAAACACUUAAUAGCUCAAAACAUUCAUACAUUUUACUUAAAAACUGAUGCCAUUGCCCUAUUCUGAUAGCGAAGUAUACAUUUCCGACGGUACCUGAAGACAACAUUAGCUGGAUAAAGUUCCACUCCUGGCGCCAACGUCAACUCAUUUGUCCAGUUCAGUCUUGGAGUAGGGAUGGUGCAACUGUACUGUUGGGGGGACAGUUCCAGCGGACAAUUCGGGGCUCAGAAGGCUCUUAGUCCGGUUUCAUGGACUGUUCCUGGGAUCAUCACCGACAUCUGCUCCGGGGACCAGCAUACUUUAUUGCUCACCAAGGAUGGAGGCGUCUUAUCCUGUGGGAGCCACUCUCAGGGUCGACUUGGACGGAAGAAACUCAAAGAUGCUAGCACGCCAGGUACGGUCAGAAAAUAGUUUUAUUCACCUAAAAAGAAACUGCAAUGUGCGCAUGAAAAGGAAAUAUUAAAGUUCUAAAUGCAUAUUUAAAAGAUCCAGUAAGUUAAAAAGGUAUGUUUUUAUUCUUUAAUCCUAGUUUUCUUUUAAAUUAAUUAUGAUAUUUUUCCCUUUUUUUUAGUGACAGGUGUCACCGGAACCAAAGGCUAUUCUCCGUAAAAAGUGCGCAGUGUAAACAAAGCAAUAUUUCAGUUUCGUUUCCAGGCCGUCUUCUCAGAUAACGAAAGUUAACACAUCGGCACUCUAUCCUGUGUUGUAUUCAAGUGAAACUGGGAAAAAUAAGACACCAAGACGAGUGAUCUUCCAUCCAGGGUUUAGACAUGUGUUUUUUUUUUUUUUUUUGCUUGGGUCGUAAACUAAAUGUAAACAAAUCAAAAGUUGAAAAAGUAAAUCCAUCAUAUCUGUUUAACCCUCACAUACGGUUUCAAAUCCUGUACCUUCACAGUAUGUUCCAGGUCAAAUUGAUCCAGCCCAAGAACUGCCCAUGUAGCAAGUAUUUUCACCAAAGUUCUAACCCCAAACCUAUUCAUAUUGUUCAAAUGAUCUAUGCUACUUCAAAAAAUGAUUGAUUAGUCCUUCCUAAAUGUUUCAAAGAGCAGGGAAAGUGUAUUUUUUCAGUUUUAACACCACUUGUUUUUGGUGAAAUAUUGGAGAAGAAUAUCUAUUACACAGGAUAAUGUCAUGUAAUAUUAUGGAAGACAUAAAUGAAUAUAAAAGUCAUAAUGAUUUGAAUAUAUUUUACUGAACAACAAACUUCAUAUUGAACUCUGUCCUCACUGCUAGUCUCUGUGUUCAAAGCAAAGGUAGGACACUUUACAUAUGUGGAGCUUGCACAUGUGUUUGUCAUUGAAAUGGCAGCUCUCUUUACCCUCAUAAUGUUACGACUCCUUCCGCCGCCCCUCCAAUCAAACAGAUUCAGACUUGUUACUUUGUACAUUAUAUGUCAGGAGCAGGUGCACAUGUUACAUCUGUGCACACUCUGACCUCCGGAUGACUUCUGAUCCCUUUGUACUCCAUAUUUGAUCACUCAUGUGUUGUUUGUUUACUAUUUCAAUGUUUUCGAUUCCCCCUUCCCCUUCAAAGAGAUCAAAGAGCAGCUUUCUGUCACAGAAGGUUUUUGUGACUGGUGAGGUCAUCUUGACCUUUGUCUAGGUGUGAAAUAUGACUCGAACAGUUUGUGAGGGUUAAAAUGCAUUUUUAUCAGGUGUAGACAUUUGAUGUCAUCUUUCAAUGGAAAACGCAGUUUUUUUGAAAUGGUUCCUCAAAAUGUUGUAUAAUUAUGCAUGUCCUUUAUAUCAUUGGGUCAUUUUGCCUUGAAAAUCAAAAUGUAAGCAGCAACUGUCAGAUAAACUCAGAGAAAACUGUAGUGAAUUAAAGUACACAAGAGCAGUAAAAGUAUCUCAACUUUGUGCAGAGCUUGAGUAAAGUUAACAGGUUAGUUUCUGUUCUGGUAAAUGAGUGCCCAACCCUAAAGCAAAGUUUCCAUUUCAAGCUAGGUUGUAUUUUUAGUCAUAAAACAAAAAAAAUACAUAUAUAAUUUAUCAUUUUAUACAAGUAAGGCUAAUGAAUUUAGGUGAGAGUAAGUUAUGUUGAAAUAUGAUUUAUUUAUCUUCAUAUGUUUUGGUUGUUAUGACCCAUGUGUGUUGUGCUGUUACAGGUCAUGUGGAUGGCCUGGGUGAUGUGGUGUCAGUGGCCUGUGGUCAGGAUCACUCUCUGGCUCUGUGUAAAUCUGGACAAGUGUUCUCCUGGGGAGCAAAUGAAGACGGACAGCUAGGCAUGUUACCAGAUCAACAGCACAAAUGUCGCCGUCCAAGGCAAGAACCUGUAUGCAUACUUUUCACUUCACAUUAUCAAAGCUAAUUUUCCUAACUCAGUACUGUCUUGUCAACAUGCAGCCGGGUGCCCAUACCAAUGCCAGUACCAGUGAUCCAAGUUGCUUGUGGAAAUGUUCACUGUCUAGCCCUUACUGAAGGUAAGAUUACAAACAUGGUCUGAUUUUUAUGUUGGAGGUGGAGGUUGGAGGUUAUCUAUACAUGUAAACCCAAAUUUAAAAUGAUAAUUCUUUCAUUCUUGAACCUGCAGUACAUUACAAACUUUUUUAUCUUUACUCUCCCCCACUUUCCAGGAGGAGAUGUCUUCACAUGGGGCCGUAACAGCCACGGCCAGCUGGGUCUGGGCAAAAAUAUACUGUUGCAGCACAAUCCUGUCCUGAUAACAGCUCUGACUGGCGCUCCGGUGACACAGAUUUCAGUCGGAGCAACGCACUCUUUCUUUCUCACACUGCCAGGCCUGGUGUACUGCUGUGGGGCCAACAAGUCAGGCCAGCUUGGCCUUAACAGGCUGGAUGAGAAAGGUACAAAUAUUGCUCUAAAUAGUGCUUGUUUUGGCUGAACUUAUUGACUCUUCUCAGAUUAUUACUACGUGUGCCAGUGUGCAGAAUUUACAGCCGUCACAGGUUUAACUUUUAUGCCACCUGCAGGCAUUAAGUGUAACAGCUGUUGUUAACCAUUUUUAAAAUAGCUUAGGUUUAAUGCUUCAAAAAAGCAAAUUAAAUAAAUGAUCUAUUAUAAAUGUCAACAUAUUUUUUAAUGAGUCAACAGUAUUUUCAGCCUUUUUUUUUUGUAUCUCAUAUUCUCAGGCAGGUUCAACAUCUGUGUGGUACCUGCCUUGCGGCCUCUUGAUAUCUCCUUUAUCAGCUGUGGAGAGGCACACACUGCUGUGUUAACAAAGGUACACUCAUUUGCUCAAGCUUUCAUUCAUACUUUGUAGAUAAGUACAGUUUAAGGACAUUGUUAAUGGUAUUAUUUGAUGCUGUGAUUUUUUUUAGGAAGGCAACGUUUUCACUUUUGGAGAGGGAAGACACGGCCAGCUCGGUCACAACUCCACUGAAAUUGAAAAAGCGCCCAGAUUGGUUGACGGUGUGGAUGGACCUGCAGCACAGAUUGCAUGUGGCAGGUAAAAAUAUUUUUAAUGACUUGCACUGAAUUCAAUAAAGAGUUUGUCAAUUUUGGCAUGUUCUGGUGAUACUGAAAAAUAAUCAUUUUUCAAAUCUAUAAAUUAAGAAAACACAUGUAGUCUCUCAAUUAAGUUAAAAUUCUCUGUUGUCUCCCAGAUAUCAUACCCUGGUGUUGGGCUCCUCUGGCCAGCUGUGGGCGUUUGGCAAUGGGGCCAAAGGUCAAAUUGGGACAGGAGGCUCAGAGGACAGUCUGACUCCCACACUUGUAAAACUUCCACCGAUGAAUGACGAUCAAGCAGCCAUGCCCAGCAGUAAGAAUAUGUUAACAUGUUGUAUGUGGUGUAUAGUUUUAUGAAAAAAUGAGUCAGGGUUGAACCUGUCCUUGACAUUAGUUUAUUUAAAAUUCAUUUGAAAUAUCCCAGGGGAUGCAUCAGGCAUUAAGCGGAGCACUAGUAAUAUCACUGCCAUAGAUUAUGGGCUCUAUUUUCGUGCCCGCUGGUGGCAUGGCGGAGGGUGGCGGACUCCGCACAGUGGUAUUUUCGUCUGGCGGAGCCCAGUGCACUGCCAGUUUGGUAUUUUCGUGGAGUGAGGCGCACCAAGGUCCGCCAAGCUGGGCAUGGUGGCGCGGUAGGGGGAAAGCUUGCUGAUUCAAACCAGGUCAGCUUUCAGCACAGGUGGAGUGCAGCUGCUCUAGAGGUAUUUUAGUGGACUGGCGGCAUGUCGAGGGGUUGCCUUCUGUCGCCAUCGUGUGGCAUUGCUGUCUUCAGACACCUCUUGAUCUCUUUGACUACUUCACGAAAAUUGUAAUACGCCUCUCUGUCGGUGGAUUUAAAGGUGAGGAGAGGAGCUGAUACGAUUGGCGAAAACAGGUCUUAGCUGUGUUAAACUCACUCCAUGCCUUCUCUCCUCCCUCUCUACAACUAAUGCUGCUGGAAGGAGCUGAGUUAGGGAGGGGGGAUACAUACGCUGGGCUGCGCUGCUCACCAAAAUACCAAAAUGUGCUUGGGCACGCCUUGUCGGCACGGCGGACCUGACUUGCGCCGCGCCUGCGCCAUGCUGCCGGCAAGGAACGAAAAUAGAGCCCAUUUAAAACUACUCGGCAGUUAAAUAUUGUGUGGAAAAAUUACUGCUUUUCAAAAAGUUUGCUGUGCAGAUUAUGGUGGUAGAAGGCUAGCAGAUUUAAAUAACACUUCUAAUGGAGAGUUCAUGGUUGUUUCUUUAUUUGCAGACCUGAAAAUAUCAGCUGGUUGGAACACAAACUUUGCUUUCUUCUCACCCACACAGGUAAUGUGUUCUUCAGUCUGAAAAACUGUAGUUUAUACAACUUUUAUUGAAAUAAAAAGUAUUUUUGUGCUGUGAUAUAAUGUUUCCUUGUUUUAAAGAAGUAAUGUCAAAAGUAACGUCAUUGCUUCUAUGGGACAAUAUUUUAUGUCUUUUAGAGCUCAAACCAAAGACAGAUAACAGGGCGACUUGAUGAGACCAAACUGCAGAAUUGGUUAUCAGUGAGACCUGGCAACACAGAGGCAAAAAGGUCUUUAUCCAUAAUUACAUGCACUGUUUGUCAACCUCCACAUGUGUGUUAUCAGUCUUGUGCAUUAACUCCAGCGUGCUCUUUUUUCUUUUUGUAACAGAGGUAUAAGUGGAAUGUUUUUCACCAGUUCCAGUCUUGUUGCAAGUUUCACGAUGGCUAAGUGAGUCCUUUUUUAAAUCAGCUGCAACUGUUAGUGAUAUAUAUAGUGACAAAACCAGAUCUCAUGUUACGAUUUUAAAUGAAAACUGAGGGGGUAACUUAACUCUGACUGACUGAUUUUGUUGCUUAAACCUUUUUCUGAUGUCGUUAGCUCAUCUCCAAGAACAGCAGGUGCGCUAACUGUUGACCUCGAGGCAGCUAGCAGAGUUUUCGACCAGAUGCUGGCGGUACCAUGGAUCAAACAAACAGUUAAGAGCAUACAUGUCACUGUUUAGAUCAUUUGUGUAUUUACCCAAGACACAACAAGGUGUUCAUAAAUCUGUUUUCUCUGCAGGUGAACAUUCAGGUCCUCUUUGAGUUGCUGAUGGCUUCAAAAGACAUAAAAUCACCAGAGAUCUUCAUGGUCCUGCUGACGUGUCCGCUGCUCCUAGAGGAUUGUUAUGUCACAAACAUGGUGGUGCCUUUGUCCAUUAUUAUGUCAGACCUGAGUGAGAAGAAUCGCGAAACACUAAGUAAAUAAGUCCUGCAAACUUGUCUUUUUUGUCAUGGGAUUGGGGAGGUAUGAUUCAUGCAACUAAAGAUAAAGAUCAGCUCUGCACAGUUAAAAUGCAUUUCUAUUUUUCUCCUGUUUCAAGUUUCUUUUUGUAAAUGUGCUGAAUGAUUUUAACAUACUCUAUUGCUAUCAACUUAUCUAAAUGAUAUGUGUAUAGUUUUGUAUAAUUAUUAGUGUUUUAUUUUUGUAUCUGAAUAGUUAGAAAAGUGUGAAUAUUGGACUGGAUAUGCCAUUGCUGACUAAACCACAUAACUGUCAUUGUUUCUGUAGAGGGCUGGUGGUCUUCUCUGACACCCACCAUUCUCACCAAGCACAUCAUGGUGUUCAAAAAUGCCCUGGCCUUUUUACUAAAAAAUGGCCUCUUGGAAACUCACAACCCAGGAGUCAGAUUCCUGCUGGAGGCCCUUAAGCUGCUCUACAAGGUCGGUAUUUCAAGAGAAAUACAUGAUGUUAAUGAGAAAAUUGUCAAAAAAGUUUAACCUCUUCUUGCUAUUACAUUAGGACCAGAGACUGAAAAAGAACAAACAGGGGUUAAGAUUGACUGCUACUGUCCAUGAUUUGUCUUGCAGGUAUUGUUAAUUACCAAAUACAUUUUAGUUUUUUUGUGUUGUUCUCGUCACAGGCAAACAAAGCUGGGAAGCCCUACAAAGUCCCUCUGAGCACCUUUUAUGUAGAGGAAAUCAUUGGUAUCGUGGAUGUAUUUACAGACGUCACUCUUUGGGCCCAGCAUUCUAAAGUGGAGGUAAUAACAUGUUCAGUGGAUUGUAUAUGAUCAUGCAUUUUGGACAAUAAUCCUAUGUUUACCUCCUUGUCUCUUUAUGUCUAAAUCUUUUUUUUCAAAGCAUGAUGAAAGAACACCAGCAAUCUUCUGCUCCUACCCAUUCGUGUUGACUCUGGUGUACAAGGUGGCAGUCUUUGACAUCUGUGCAAACAUGAUAAAGGUACAGUAUACCCUGAAAUAAUUAUGUUAAAGAAUAUGUUUUAUAUUUCAUCUAAGAAUACAUCUUUAGCUUUCUCUGCAUUAAAGGGAUAUUCCGGCAUAAAAUUAAGUUAGUGUCAAACACACUGUAGCACUGAGUUAGACACCCCGUCGAGAGAUGAAUGUUGCCGACCACUUGCUUCUGUAGUUAUAGCAGUAUUAGUAACGACCGCACAAUAGCAAUACACAGUGGUCUCAGGAGCCACGCGCUCAACCAAAACGCCACUCUAUAGCCACAAAUAAUGCUCAGAACAGCACCUAACUCAACAGUACAUAUAGGGUCCCAGCCAUAGCACUAGCCACCAAACAUCUUUUUAACUUUGCCUGAUUUCUUUAGCAAAGAGACUAAACACAACUCACCCACUCUCUUCCAGCAGCUGCUUGUUUGUAGGAAGACCUUGUUCGAGUCCAUCGACUGCAGCGGGGUGACACAGCUCAAGGAAGAACAUUCAUGAUAAUUUUUUCAUGGAAAUGCAAUCAGACCGAGACGCUAAGGCAGAAGAACUACCACGUCUGCAGUGCAAAAUGAAUACGAUGAUUGUUACUACAGGGAAAUGACAAAGAAAUGAUCAUAAAUGUUCUUCCUUGAGCUGCGUCACCCCGCUGUAGUCUGUAAUGGACUGGCCCGAGGUCUCCAUACAAACAAGCAGCUGCUGGAAGAGAGUAGGUGAGUUGUGUUUAGUCUCUUUGCUAAAGAAAUCAGGCAAAUCUAAAAGAUGUUUGGUGGCUAGUGCUGUGGCCCUACAUGUACUGUUGAUGAAGUUAGGUGCUGUUCCGAGCAUUAUUUGUGGCUAUCAAGUGGCAAUUUGGUUGAGCGCAUGGCUCCUGAGACCACUGUGUAUUGCUAUUGUGCGGUCGUUACUAAUACUGCUAUAACUAGAGAAGCAAGUGGUCUGCAACUUCUGUCUCUCGACGGGGUGUCUAACUCAGUGUCACAAUGUGUUUGACCUUAAAUAAAUUUUAUCCCUUUAAGACAUUACUCUGAAGAGGGGGUUUUGCAAUUACAGAAAGGGCAACAAGCACUGCAUAACAUGGCCAUGAGGAUGCCUGCUGAACUAUUUGGAGGACUUGCAGACUCUGCACCGCCCCCAGUGUUCCAGCUGACUCUGAGACGCUCUCACCUGGUGGAGGACACCUUCAGACACCUUGCUGCAGCCGACCACAUUGCCUUUCAGAGGGAGCUUUUGGUAAACGCUCAAGUGUUUACUACCUUUUUCUUUUGAUGAGGGCUUGGAGUUGAGCUGGGUUACUCAGGGAUGACCAUUAUGUCCUUUUCAGGUGCAGUUUAAGGAUGACAGGAAGUUGAUGAAUGUCAACAAGAGCGACCUUUUCUUGUACGUGUUUGAUGAGCUGAUUGCUCCUGAAUCUGAAAUGUUCAUGUCCAACGAGAGUAAGACGCUGCUGUGGUUCCCUUCAAAGGUAAGACCAGUUUAUCAAGAACUGAUCCCAGUACCAUAGCAUCAGCUGUUUCAAUGGAGUGUAACUCUGCCCUCUACUGGUGUCUGAUGCUUCAGUGUACGGUCUUUCUUUCAUGGAAACCACCUGUAAAAGUUCACAGCCUUUAAAUUUGACCAUUUUUGUCACCAAUCAAACAGCCAAAAGUGGAGAAGAAGACCUACUUCCUCUUUGGCGUUCUGUGUGGAAUGGCUCUCUACAACAAGAUCAUCAUCCACCUGCCCUUCCCACUCGUUCUGUUCAAGAAGUUGCUUCGCAUCAAACCCUCACUGGAUGAUAUGAAGGAGUUUGACCCCGUACUGGCAGAGUAAGAGUCCGAGGACAACACUACAUGAGGCUGUAAUCGGAGAUGGGGACUAAAUGUAGCUUUCUUUGCAGUUAAUUGUUGCACAUUUUCAAUAAGAUUAAUAAUUUCUUUUUGCAUUCAUGAGGAUUUAAGCUGUAAAAAUAGAGCUCAUUUGCUGCUACUGUCUUAUGUCACUAUUUUGUUACUUAUUGACAUUAUGAGGGACUUGACCAGGACUUGCUGCUACACUUAGAGACUUGAGACUUGACUUUCAAAGAGGUGCCCAUCUCUGGCUGUAAUGUAUGUGCUGUUUUAACCCACAGUGGUUUUUCUGCUACCUUCUUUGACAACAAUUAUGACAUAUUUUUUCAAAGUUUUCUAUUAAAUGAAUGUUUUCAUGUUUGUCUGUAGGUCUUUGCGGUGCAUGCUUGAGGACUACACUCCUGCUAAAGUGGACGACCUGGAGGCCACUUUUACUGUAUGUUCAAGAAAUCACAGACUAACUGCCAGUUUUACUUCAUGUUAUCACAUUUGAUUAAUAAUUUUUAGUAAUUAGUGAUUAGUAAUUUUUUGCAAUAAUCCGAUCUGACUCUUUAUUUUUCAUGAAAGGUCACAUGGGAUGGUGAGAGUGUUGAGCUUGAACCCGCAGAACCUGGAAAAGCUGUCACAGCAUCAAACAAGUAUGUGUACGCAAAAAUACUGUGUAGAUUUUUUUAAUUUGUCAAAAAUAAAUUCAGCUUUUGGUUUUUGUUAUUUGUGCAAUGUUUGGAAUUUUUUUCUUUCUGGGUAGAAAACAGUUUGUUAACACCUUCAUUGACUACGCCUUCAACAAAUCAGUGGAAGAAGUGUUCGAAGAGUUCAAGAGGGGCUUCUUUAAGGUGUGUGAGUACGAUGUGGUAGACUUCUUCCAGCCAGAGGAGCUGCAGACCGUGAUGGUGGGCCAGGAGGACUACGACUGGGACGUUUUCAAGCAGGUAUGCAAAAAGUUUAUAGGAUAUAUUGUAACCAGUGAAGACUUUUCUGUCAUCCUUUUAUCCAAGUCACCUGCAGGUGGGGACAUUCCCCUGAAAUAUGUCAUGUUUGUGGCCUUUUUCCCAUACAGAACGCAGUGUAUGAAGGAGACUAUCAUGCCAAGCAUCCAAACAUCAUAGUCUUCUGGAAGGUGUUUGAGAGACUAACUGCUGAGGAAAAGAAGAAGUUCCUCUGUAAGUAUAAAACAUGGUGCUGAUUAUCAUUGUGAAUCCAAAUCUAAGAUUAUAAACUCACUUCUUUACUUUGUUUUUGAUGCCAGUGUUCCUCACUGGCUCUGACCGGGUACCCUUCCUGGGUAUGAAGAGCAUCAAGAUGAGAGUUGCUCUCCUUCCUAAUGCCAAUGAAACCCAUCGGCCAGAGUCCCUCACCUGCCACAAUCUGCUCUUACUGCCUGUCUACCAGAGGUACCCUGUCGAGGAGACGAUGGAGACGAAGCUCCUCCAGGCGAUAAAUCACAACAGAGGCUUCUGGAAAGAAAACACUGCUGAGUAA